AUGGGCGGCAAAGAGAGCAGGGAGAUUCAUCACUACCAUGAGGAUAAGGAGUCCAAAGAGCUCGCUCGACAAACCCAAGAGCAGAUGAAAGCUCUGCGCGGGCAAAUGGAACAGCAGCAGAGGAUGAGUGAGGAAAACCAUCGAAAACAUCAAGAAGCUUUGCUCAAACUUGAAGAAGAGAAAGCAGCGGAGUUGCGGCGUUUCGAGCAAGAACAGGCCCAAAAUCAGCAAAGGCAUCAAGAAGCCUUGCGCAGAGUUGAGGAACUUCGUGCGGAUGAAAAAGCAGCUGCCUUGCAGCGCCUCCAGCAGGAGCAGGAGAACCGAAAGAGGGACGAAGAAAGAGCUCGUGCGGAGUCGGAAAAACAAGCUCGCGAAGCUGAAGAGCACUUGGCCCAAGAACUUCAGAGAGAGCGCGACAACGCACACAAGGCCAAGCUUGAGAAGUGGCAAAGGCUGAAGCGAGACUAUCCCAUCCCAGACUUCCUCAAGAACUAUGUCAAUGAGGUGAGUGAGAAUUCAGCAGCUGAUGCUGAUCGCGAACUUCAUGUAAAUGUGGCCCUGCUUGGGGAUUCAGGAACCGGCAAGAGUUCCCUGAUCAAAGCCAUCCUGAAGCAUUUCGGUGUCGACUUGCCCGCGGACCAGAUGCCCCGAAUCUCUAUGGAAGGAGACGGCACGCUGGAGCCCAGUCGAUUUCCACUUGCCAUCCUGGGCCAAGUCUCUCUCUGGGAUCUACCUGGUCAAGGAACUGCGAAGAUUCCAUCCAUGACCUACCUCUGCAACAUGGGCCUGAAGUACUUCGAUGCCAUCUGCAUCGUGACUGAUGGUCGUUGGUCUGAAGGUGAUGACAACCUGCUGGUAGCCAUUCACUAUGCAGGGAUUCGUUGCUUUGUGGUUCGCAGCAAGGUGGACAUUGCUGUGGAUGCUGGCGUUGAGGACAAAGGAUGGAGCCAAACCGAGACAUUGUCCCAUGUCCAUCAGCAGUUGCAGACGCAAACCCGCCUGAAAUCACAUCGCAUCCAUCUCGUGACAUGCAGGGAGCGCUUUUGGAAGGACUUCGGUUCUGUGGACGACUUCUGCAAGCACCUCAAGCAAGAGGUGCAAGCCUCUCUGCGGGAUGAGCCGGUAGAGCAGCAUUUCGAUUUAGAGCCACAGGAGGAUGUCAACAUGGACGAGUUCGACGACUGGGUGAUGGCCCCCCCUGGUCCUGUUGGGGUUGAACAUCCUCGCCUUGAUGCGGGCAACAGCUGCUUGAAGCCUGUUGUGAAGCGUCCGCGUGAGGCUGGUGCUUGA